AUUCGUUAUCACGUUACCAUUAAUCACGAUAUACAAAGUAUGUAGAAAAGUUAUCUUUGUAUUAAUACUGGACACUAGCAUAUAAAUCCAUUCUCCUUGGUUUUUAGAGACUAAUUGAAAUAAUAAAAACAAAAUGGCGGAUGAGGAGCCAAAGGUAGAAGAAAACGCAGAAACUCAGGCUGAAGAUGCAAGUCCAACGGCGAAGUCCACCAAAGAAUCAGCGAUGGAGAGGAUGAUAGCUAGAGAUGUUUGGGGAGCAGUCAAACCUAUGGAGCAGGAGUCCCUAGCUACUCCAGUGUCCAACAUAAUCUGUACCUACACAGGUACUGCGACAUGCGCCACACAGGAGGAGUGUACCAAGAUAAUCAAGGACCUUCAGCUCAGCCACAUGGAGGAGCAGAAAAUGACAGACAUAAUGUACAAUUUCUUGAUUGGAGGAGACGGCAACAUAUAUGAAGGGCGAGGGUGGACGACGUACGCCCCUCCGGCGCUAAAGGGGAAGAGGUAUAGCGGACUGGACAGGAAGAGUAUAAACGUCGCUAUGGUCGGAGACUACAAAGAUGCUGACCCCCCAGAAAACAUGCACAUGGCAAGAAAGGACCUCAUAGAUUUUGGAAAAGAGCAAAAUUACAUCGACCCCAACACUGCUGCAAUGUGGCACGGAUUUUAGAAAUAAAUUUUAAAAAUCUCUUCCUGUUUAAAUACAU